AUGUGGACCGACGGUGUCAGUCCAAUUAAAGAAAUCCAUGUUGCCACUACAAUAAUUUUCUUUGCCGGAUGCAUCCAAGUACUCAUGGGUGUUUUCCGACUCCAGUAUCUUACAACAGUUUUCUCGGAACAAGUUAUGUCUGGAUUCGUUGUUGGUGGUGGAAUACACGUAUUUUUUGCACAAAUUGGUGAUACUCUUGGUAUAAAAUUGCCUAGAAGGAGUGGACCAGGAUAUUUGUAUUAUCGAAUCCAAGACCUUAUCCAGAACAUUCAUAAUAUUCACUGGCCAACGCUUUCUAUUUCUCUGUCAUCUUUGGCAUUUCUCGUAUUAGGAAAGGAGUUCAUCUCUCCAUGGUUAAGUACUGCAUUUAGCUUUCCUGUACCAUUCGAUCUUGUUUUGGCCGUUGUUGGAAUUACCGCUACGAACUAUGCAGAGUUAUCAAGAAGAUACAACAUUAAGGUCUUAGGAAAUAUACCAACGGAAUUUCCUCCACCUAGUCUUCCUCGCUUUGAUCUCAUUCAGUAUAUUGGUGUAAAUGUGGUGGCAAUAGCACUUACUGCUGUCGCUAUACACCUUACUGUAGCUAAGAUUGUGGAGAAACGAUAUAAAUACAAGAUUAAUCACGGACAGGAAUUAUAUGCGCUAGGGUUUGUCAGUGUAUUGUCCUCAUUUUUCCCUGUAUUCCCAGUAACUUCCGGAUUUGCGCGAAGUGUUGUAGGCGCUGCUGUUGGAGGAAGUACUCAGUUAACAUGUCUUUUCUCAUCGUUAGCACUGGUACUGGUUAUUUUGUACAUUGGGCCAGCACUGGAAUAUCUGCCCCAGUGCAUCCUAUCCACUAUGAUAAUAGUAUCUCAAAAGGUCAUGUUGGCUAAAUUUGCUGAACUUCGAGAGCUUUGGCCAGUUUUCAAAGUUGACUUUACCAUCUGGCUCAUGAGCAUGAUACUAACUGUGUGCUUCGAUAUGGGAGAGGGACUUCUACUCGCUACUGGAUUUGCUGUAUCAACGACAAUAAUUAGAAUGCAGAAACCUAAAUGGCAUUUUCUUUCACGUGAUUGUGACACAGGUAACUUUAAAGAGACAAAAAAGAAACAUUUGGAAUUUGUUGGAGGGAACGUGUGUGUGUUUCGUAUGGACGCACCACUUAUAUUCACGAGUAUUGAUAGAUUUACUACAGCAGUUUGGCAGUCAGUGAAAACUUGGGAGCGAACGAAAGCUGAAUCAUUUAUCACUAUUGAUCAGAUGAAUGCAGCAAAUACAGACGAUAUAUUUGCUAAGAAAGCUCGAGCAGCUCAUAAAGGAGCGGCACGUGAGGACAGAUGUCGACUGGUUAUUGAUUGCGGGGGAUUUCCAUACGUGGAUUAUCUUGGACUUACCACAUUGAAAACGGUUGUCGCAGACCUCAUCGCUUCAAAUGUCCAGACUUUUCUCGUAGUGCAAAAAGGUGACAUGCGAAAGCUUUUUGAAGUCACCGAUUUCUACGAAACUGUCGAAAAGGAUCGUAUAUUUGCAAAGCUGGAUGAAGCGGUCAAGCACGCCGAAGAGAGGGUGGACUUACGUACGAAGAACGAUGAGGAAGGGAAAAAAGAAGACGAAGAAGAAGAUGAUGAUGAAGAAGAAGCAAUUAGAUGUGAAUUAGAAGACUUUGAUGAAUGUUGA